UAGCUUUGAAUAAAGAAAACCUUCAUUUGUAUGUUAGACAGAAGGAGGAACCAACCUCACAUUUAUAUUUCCAGGAAGAAGGCGGGCUUUAUUCUGAGGCCCCAACAGGAAACAAACAGUGGUCAGAUGGUGAAGUGGCACCAUGAUGGAAACAUCUCUACAACAUCUGCUCUUUUCCUGUUUGCUGGUUUGCUGCAUAAAUAAUGAAGUCCUCCCAGCUGGUCUGACUGUGAGUCCCAGCAGAUCUCAGUUCUUUCAAGGAGACUCUGUGUCUCUGAGCUGUGAGGAGGACAACAUCUCUGCUGGAUGGACUGUGAGGAGAAACACAACCAGAAGAACCAGAACUCAAUGUGGAGAUGGAUGGGGAGAACCAGCUGGUUCUUCCUGUACCAUCAGCAGCCUCUACAAACAUGAAACUGGAGUGUACUGGUGUGAGUCCAGAGAGGGAGCAGCCAGCAGCAGCAUCCAGCUCACUGUCUCUGGUGGAUCAGUGAUCCUGCAGAGUCCUAUCCUCCCUGUGAUGGAGGGAGAUGACGUCACUCUGAGCUGUCAAACAAAGACUCCCUCCAACCUCCCAGCUGCUUUCAUUAAAGAUGGCGUCUUCAUCAGGACUGAGCCUGCAGGUCACAUGACCCUCCACCAUGUGACCAGCUCUGAUGAAGGUCUCUACAAGUGUUUCAUCAGUGGUGAUGGAGAGUCUCCAUCCAGCUGGAUCUCUGUCUCAGAGAAACCUUCCACCACUGGACCAACCACAUACCUCCCUCCUCCUUCUUCUUCUUCUUCUCCUCCACCUUCUUCUUCUCCUUCCUUCCUUCAACCUCUACACUAUGUGCUCCUGUCUCUUGCAUUGGUCAUUAUUGUGGUUCUGCUGCUGGUUCUGGUUCUGAUGGUGAGACGACAUGUUAGGAGAAAGUCUGAAGGUGGUCCAGAAGGUGGAGAGGACAGCAUUACUUACAGUGACGUCAACAUCUCCCAUCAUCAGCGACAGAAAACCAAGUCCAACAAAGAAAGUGACCAGACUCCAGUCUACUCGGCAGUGAGAACGAAGGAUGUCAGCUAUGGAGAGAUCAACAUCAGAACCAAGAAGAAGAAGUCAAAGAGUCCAGGAAGUGACCCGUGUGCUGUAUACUCAGCUGUUAAGACAAAUGAUGGUAAUUAUGGAAAGAAUAUCAUCAGAGAAAAUAGGAAAAGAGAACCUUUACCAGACCCAGAUGUUGUCUAUUCUUCAGUGAAGUAGUCCAGAUGAUGUCCACCAGCCCGCUCUCAGCUCGUUCCCCCAGAACCAAACAUCAGUGU